UGUCUGCCUACGAACCAAUCAAGAAAUGGAACCCCACGUCGGCGACGUCGGGCAGCCUAACGGCCACUCCGUUGAAAACGCGUCGCAAGGCUCCGUGGUUUCUCUCACUGCCACCUAAUAGAUAUCUCUCACUAGACAAUGCCCAACAGCAUAGAGACUCUACCUCAGAUGCCAUAGCGACAUGCAUUGAAAGCAUCCUCAUUUGCCUGAGACCAAACUGCUUCUUCAAACAUCUACUAUUAUUGCUACCUGACAUCAGCAAUGAGCCUCGGCUUCGAAGUCGACUUCUUAGCCCUAAUUGGCCUCGUGAAUCAGGUACGCAAGAGCUUCGCCGGCGCGCCCGAGCAAUUCAAGGCUAUUUCUGAUGACGUUCGGGGAUUUUCUAUCGUCUUGCAAGAUGUCGAGGCCAACUAUACCGAUCUCGGCCUGGAACAGACACAAGAAUACCAGGAGGUCGUGACCAGUUGUAAGCAUCUACUUGAACAGCUUAAAAAGUCUCUAGAAAAAUACUCUGGUGUGGCUGAGGCCGCAAAAUCUGGGAAAAAGGCGGGUAUCAAGAGAGUUUGGAAACGGCUCAAAUGGGAACCCGACGAUAUUCGUGAUAUACGCAGCCAAAUAUCCUUCAAGAUCGCCACCUUGAGAAGCCUCAACGAUCAAGUUACCAGCCAAAACAUCAUAAAGCUUAUCCAUCACCAGGAAAAUACGGAACGUGAAGCUACGGUUAAAUGGGUCAGCGACAUAAACUAUGUUGCGCAACAAAAUGAUAUCUUUCUACGUUGUCAGACAGGCUCUCGAAAGUGGUUAUUUGAAUCUGAAGUAUACUUGGAAUGGUGCAAACGGAAAGGUAGCCUCCUCUUUUGCCCGGGAAACCCUGGCACGGGGAAAACCUUUACGACGGCGAUGGUGGUCGAGAGCUUGAGACUUGCGAAUGAUGCUGAAACUUUGACAACUUAUAUGUACUGCACCUACCAGAAUCACACCCAAACCAUAGAGAAGCUGCUCUGCAGUCUUUUACGAGUUGCACUCGAAGAGGCAGACCAUGAGGCUGAUGGAACUGUUUCCACCUGCACGCAAUUACGGCUGUCCAACAAAACCAUUUCUCGACACCAUUGCUUAGGCUUACUCCAAGAUCUCUUUUCCAGAUUUGAAAGGGUCAAUUUGAUAGUGGAUGCGAUAGAUGAACUCACAAACGAGGUGCGACGACCGCUCAUAUACGACCUUCUAAAACUUCACAAGAAUGGUAUUGUCAACCUUUUGGUUACUUCACGUGGCAUUCCAGAGAUCCAACACAUAUUCGAGAGCUGUGAAGGUUAUACCUCUCUAGAAGUGAGGUCAAGCGAUGAGGACAUCCGUAAUUUCUUGAGAGAGAGCAUUUUUCAACUGCCGAAUUUUGUUGCUCGAUCUCGGAAGCUGCAAGAUGAAGUGAUCGACUCGGUUACGAGCGCAAGCGCUGGCAUGUUCCUACUUGCUGAGCUGUAUUUAAAAUCCCUGGCCACCAUACUAUCAGUGGGCAGUCUUCGUACACGGCUUUCCAACUUGGCAACUGGUUCGAACGCAUAUGAUACUCUAUAUGAAGAUUCCGUGCUUCGAAUUGGAUUCCAGGGACCCGAAUCGGAGCGUAUCGCCGUGCAGACGCUUCUGGUUCUGACAUGCGCUAGGCGCCCUCUUUCGCCUCAAGAGCUCAGCCAUGCUCUAUCCAUUGAUGAGGACAGUGAAGCUUUUGACGAAGAUAUGGUUCCAGAUAUAGAUGAUCUGAUUGCCGUGUGUACUGGUCUUGUCGUAUCAGAUGAUACAAGCAAGAUCGUGCAUUUGGUACACAGAUCAGCGGCAGAGUAUUUCGAACGCACAAGAUCCCGCUGGUUUCCAAGAGCAAGCGAAAAAAUGGCGUUAUUGUGUCUCCGAUACAUUCGAAUCGCUGAAGCAAAGCCAGGAGAAACGAGAAAAGAAGCUCCCUUCUUCCACUAUGCUAAGGCAAACUGGAGCUACCACUCCAUGGAGAGUGAGAAAGAGGCUGCGAAGGAGGCUGCGGUUGACGACGUUGCGCGAACAAACUCAGCCACUAACAAUACUCCCUCAUCCAUGGAACUCGCAGUUACCCGGCUCGCCAUCGUUCAGAUGACACUAGAAGUCCCAGACGUGCAUUCCAGUAUUGUUGAUGCCUGCCACGCUGGCCAACAGGCAUGGGUCGAGCAACUUUCAGUAGUUCGCAACUACGACAUGAAUGAAUAUGGCACGAGUCAAAAGAAUUUUAUAUCUGAUGAUGGGACUUUAAGAGGCGAUGUGCUGCCAAGCAAGAUGUUCAGAGAUGAUGUGCUAUUGACUAUCGCGGCUGCGCGAGGAGAUUGCAGCAUGGCUUUAAUGUUGUUGGCACAAGGGGCAGAUCCAAACAUCUUCAAUACCAACGGACAAACACCAUUAAUCAUCGCCGCGACGAACGGCUUUGAUGAAGUGGUCUCGCUACUUCUGGAUCAAAAGUCAAUCAAGCCAGACUUGAUGUGUCAGCAUUCAGGCGAACUCUCCACUGCAUUCCUGGCAUCGAUUGAACUUGGGCGAGAGGGAUGUUUUAGGAUGCUCGUUGAGAAAUCUAAUCGCGGAGUGAGAGAUAGCUACAAAAGAGGUGCCAUGUGGCUGGCUGCUACAUCUGGACAUACCGGCAUCAUCUCCGAGCUUCUCAAAUGGCCCGACGUAGAGAUUGAUUACACUGAUACGGAUGUUUGUGGCAAUCCGCUUACUGCAGCGGUAAGAGCCAGACACGAGGAAGCUGCCCUACUUCUAUUGCCAUACUCAAAGUGUCGGAGCUGUACCCAUUGUGGGAUUACACCAAUGCACCAUGCUGUUAUUAAUGGAUACCAUAAUCUCUUGAAACGGCUACUGGAACACGAUGCGUCGGCGGUAGACAGCGAACUAUAUGUCCGUCCUCGCGGGAGAACUCACGGAGGCCGGCAUUUUCUGAUCGAUUGCGAGCGGGAAGGUAUAAAGCGUAUGAAGACGCCCCUCACCAUCGCCAUUUCUCUACAAGAUGCGCAUGCUACUCAACUCCUACUGCCGUAUGCCGAUGCUAAUCAAAACGGUACCUGGCGACCUCUUCACGGAGCAGCCACUUGGGGAGACGUUGAAAUAUUUGAGCUGCUUCUCAAGCAAGCAAAUAUCGAGCCAGAUCCCAUCGAUAGACGUGGCCGAACGCCAUUUCUCCUGGCAGCUGAACUUGGAAAUUGUGACAUUAUGAAUGCGCUCAUCAAGAAAGGAGGCAUUAAACUCGACAGAAAGGAUGCAAAUGGACAUUCUGCGAGUGAUUAUAUUGUCAAUCCUCAUUUCCAAAACCCUGAUUAUUUUCGAGUGCUGGCAUCUGCUUUUGAUAUAGAUGUCAAUGAAAAGGACUCAUCAGGCUCUAAUAUUCUCCACUAUGCUUGCUGCGUUCAUCCGACACUCUCAGAUAAGUGGCAAGAUGUGGACGAUCCACCCAGAGUAGAUUUUUUGGAAGCCGAUUCUAGCCCUCUGGUCACUGAGCUGUUAAACACGCCUGGGGUUGAUGUGAAUUUAUUGGAUAAAGAGGGUAAUACACCUCUCCUUCUUGCUGUGAAGAAUCACCAGCGCGACGUGGUACGCUUGCUCCUGGAACGAGAGGAUACAGAUGUAUUGGCUCAAGAUGAAAACGGCGACGACGCCAUAUUAUUAUCCUCAACCUACCAACCUAUAUUUGAGGGCGUAUUUCCCAAGGACCGGUAUCGUUCUUUGAAAAAGCAUGAUCUGGGUCCUUUGAGAGGCCAAGUACCGGAUCGCUAUAAAGUGGACAAUUGGCCAGAGGUAUUGGAUGCAGAGUUCAAGGAGUAUGACGACUCUAUUUUCAGCAUGUUGCUCCACGACAAACGUACAGAAAUAUAUCGCAGAAGCCAGAAGGGACAAAGUAUCGUGGCUCGCGUGGCCAUGACAGGCACCAAAAAUAUGGUCCAAGCAGCCUUGGAAACAACUGAACUGGUGUUGGACCUAGAGAUCAAAUCUUCCGACAAGAAAAGCCUUCUUACUCAUGCUUUACAAGGGAACCAGGACGAUGAGGCUGUGGAUCUUCUGAUUGCGCGCUGUGACGCUGAUUUUCUCCGGAAACCCGAUGCUGAAGGUCGAACUCCGCUAUCAUAUGCAGUACAAAGAGCCACCAGUCAGGUAACUCAGUCGCUCUUAGAAGCUGGUACAAAUAUCAACGCUACGGAUCGAUAUGGGAAGACAUCGCUAUCUUAUGCUGCUGAGGAAGGACAUCCCAACACAGCUUGUUUACUUAUCGCCGCCGAUGAGGCUCUGAUUAAUACUUCAGAUUUCGGUGGUUUUACGCCGCUGAUGCAUGCAAGUUAUCAACUAAAUAUUCCCGUCAUAUCCGUCUUUCUUGAGAGGCCAAAUGUCGAUCUACUGGCGCUAGAUGCCUGGGGGCAUUCGUUCUUAUGCCAUCUCAUGAGGCAACGCGAUUCCAAUAUAGAUGGAUAUGGAUCAGAAAAGGAGAUAGACGGUGUAAUCCAUCGCAUCCACCAUUUUCUCCAACCUUAUGUCAACGCUUUCAAAGGCUGUAUCCAUAGUCCCUUUCUCUGCGCUCUAAAAAGACAUCAAAAGGUUCAUCAUAGAUCUCACCGUAAAAAACCCAUUUCGUCUAGAAAAAGUAAGGAACUCGCUUGCUUUAUGGACAAUUUAAAACGCUAUGCCAUCUUAUCGGAUUUAUUCCAUCCUGGUUUGGAUUUUUCACGAUGCGAAACUACAGACGGGCUUUUUGGAGAUAUUGGGUGAAGAAAAGCAUGGCGUCCAUGGCGUCGAUUAUGAUCUGUACGACCACCCAAGUUUGUGGAUAAAGGUGUUGCAGCUUUACGUUUAGAAAGAUACUUAGUAGCCAUAGUAGUAGAUAUCGAAGAAUUUUAAGGGGCAUUCCGGGCAAGAGUAGUUAAUAGGCGCAUGUAUCCUCAGUACCUCACUCUUAAUCGCUUACGAGUGUAUAUUUGUGUAUAGGGGCUAACUUGUUGGUUGGCUCAUCUGGAG